CCUUGCAGAUACAGAACUUGUCCAUCCCCACCUCACCUCAAUGAGGAAGGGCUGACCUGAGUAUCUCACUCAAGGGUCAGCCUUUCUUCUCACCUCUCUCCGCCCAGCCCAGCUAACCAAUGCUUCUCCUGCUCCCUGUGGUGGAUUUUUAGGCUCCAUGGGCUUGCUGGACCCAUUUCAGCCAGAAACAAUGAUACCAGGUGGCCCCCGGCUCCCAGGAACCACAACAGGAUAUCUGAACUUGGAAGCCAAGUUGCCUUCUCACUGGACCCUCCUCAUCAUCAUCAUCAUCCUGGGGCUAAUCCUCCUCAUCACCAUGCUGGCUUUCACUGCUGCCCUCCUGAGGAUGAGGAAGAAACACGCUCAUGCCGUGACCUCUUCCCUGGGAGGGGGCCCAGUCCUGAUGAACCACAGCACUCAGAGCCAGGACAUGCCUGCUGGGGCUUCCAAUGACUAUAGGAAAAUCCCCACCAAUGUCUCCAGAGUACAAGAGAUGCCAGCCGUGCCCAUCCCCAACGCUGAGGACUCCGAUUCUGAUUACGAACACUAUGAUUUCAGCAGCAAGCCGCCCAUGGCACUCUCCACCUUCUACAGUGAGCAACCCCCCAGCCCUUCCCUGGUUCUCACACUGCACCUCCUACCAUGGUAA